AUGUUCGGGAUGUUCAGCCGCUGGAGAACCUUCAACAGCGUCGUCUUCUACCUGACCCUUGUCACUGGCGUGGCGGGGCUGGUGGGCAACGGGCUCGUGCUCUGGAACCUCGGCUUCCACAUCGAGAAGGGCCCCUUCUCUGUCUACCUGCUGCACCUGGCCGCCGCCGACUUCCUGUUCCUUGGCUGCCACGUGGGCUUCUCCGUCGUCCAGGCGGCCCUGGGCUCCCAGGACACGCUCUACUUCGUGGUCACCUUCCUGUGGUUCGCCGCGGGGCUCUGGCUGCUGGCGGCCCUCAGCGCCGAGUGCUGCCUGUCCGACGUCUGUCCCGCCUGCUACCGGGGCUGUCGCCCUCGACACGCCUCGGCCGUCCUCUGCGCCCUGGUCUGGGCCCUGACCCUGCCCGCCGUGCUGCUGCCCGCCAGCGCCUGUGGCCUGCUGCGAAGUAGCUGCAAGGCCGCCUGUGGGGCCGUCCAUCUGUGUGCCAGCAGGGACAGACUGCAGGGCCAGGCCUCUGCAGAGGACAUCGUGUCCUAG